AUGUAUACCAUCUGCGCAGCCGCCUUAUCGCUCUUUGUUCUCCAGGUUCAUGGAUAUGCCAAUCCAGGCAGUUGCUCUGGUGCGUGCAAUGUCCAUGAUCCAGGGUUGAUUCAACGAGACGACGGUGUAUAUUUCCGCUUCUCAACGGGGAACAAGAUCUCGUAUGCCCAAUCAUCGUCCAUUGAGGGACCGUGGACAGCCGUGGGAUCUGUGGUCCCGGAUGGGUCGUCAAUCAACAAGGCUGGUAAUGACGAUCUCUGGGCGCCUGAUGUUCAAAAUGUCAACGGUGUUUACCAUGUUUACUAUACAGUGUCGACGUCCGGCUCGCAAGACUCUGCAAUUGGACUAGCGACAUCCGACACAAUGGACGAGGGUUCUUGGAACGACCAUGGAGCGACGGGAAUUUCGUCCAGCUCUUCAAAAUCGUACAAUGCCAUCGACGCAAAUCUCUUGAACGAUGACGGUACUUACUACCUGACAUUUGGUUCCUUUUGGCAAGAUAUAUUCCAAGCCCCGAUGAACUCUGCUGCGACCAAGGCUGCUUCGUCGUCAUACAACAUUGCCUUCGACCCGAACGGUGAACAUGCUGUAGAGGGAGCGUACCUGUACAAAUAUGGCGGUUAUUACUACCUUUUCUAUUCUGCUGGAGCGUGUUGUGGUUAUGACACAUCCAGGCCGGCUGAUGGAGAUGAAUACAAAAUCAAAGUCUGCCGGUCUUCCUCAGCUACUGGUGGCUUUGUUGACGCGACUGGAACUGCCUGCACGGAGGGUGGAGGAACAGUUGUUCUUGAGAGCCAUGACAAUGUUUAUGGACCUGGUGGACAGGGCGUCUUUACCGACCCGGAUCUUGGCCCCGUUCUUUACUAUCAUUAUGUCGACACGACGGUUGGCUAUGCGGACAACCAGAAGCUUUUUGGAUGGAACGCGAUCGAUUUCUCCAGUGGAUGGCCGGUGGUAUAG